GUUCCAGUGCAGUCUAGUGCAGGAAUAGAAAACAAGCCUAUAUACAUUUUCAGUAUUGGCAGUUAAUAUCGGAACAUAGCCCUAGACUAGUCUAACUUUGCUCUUCAUCGUCGAUUGAGUGUCACAUUGUCGCCGCAUUGUCGCGUGACACGUGCGAUGCACAUGUCAAUUUUCAAGUUGACGUAUGAAGUCCAUCAUCAUUGGAUUUAUAAAAAUAUUAUAAGCAUAAUGAUAUGACGAUAAAAUGAUUGAGAACUUUGCGGAUAAUGUAGCUAGACUAUGUAUAGAGAAAUAUAAUUUUCUGAAGAACACUGGUAAACCUAAGGCCCACGAAUGGACCGUAUUGUCUGGAAUCGUUUUAAAAAAUGCUGACGGUUUAUUGUCUCUGGUAGCACUCGCUACUGGGACGAAAUGUUUAGGAGACUCGGAAUUGUCGGAGAGUACUCGAGAAGAGAGAGGUUCUCGGUUGAGUGACUCGCACGCAGAAGUUUUAACCAGACGUGCGUUCAUUCGUUAUCUGUACGAUCAGAUCGAUUUGACUUUGAGCGGCUCUGAGAGUGCAAUUUUCUCGCGGAAUGACGAUAAUGAAAUCGAAUUAAAUAAUAACAUAUCAUUUCAUUUUUUUUCGAGUCAAACACCUUGUGGGGAUUGUUCAAUUUUUCCUAAAGAGGAGACUACGGGAGACUCGGAUAGCCCGUCCCCAUGUAAAAUUAGACGUAUCAAUAAAGAUAGUAAUGGACAUAUAAUUGCUGAAUCGCAGUAUAAAGAUGUGUAUAGAACAGGAGCGAAAUGUGUGAAAGGAGAGGAAACGCAGCAAGAUCCUCGUUUGCCUGGUGCAAGUUAUCAUAUCAUAGGUCCUUUGCGCACCAAACCAGGCAGAGGAGAUCCCACGAGUAGUUUGUCUUGUUCGGAUAAAAUGGCAAAGUGGCUCGUUCUUGGUUUACAAGGAUCACUCUUAUCACUGAUGAUACCACCGAUAAAGCUGGAAAGUAUCACGAUUGGAGGUGACUGUCCAUUUUCUCUCGACGCCAUGGAACGUGGGUUAUAUAAGAGAUUUAAUAACAAAUUGGGCAGACUCGACAUUUUUCAAGCAAAUACUGCUUUUUCACAUAAAAAAGGACAACAAAGAUCUUAUCCCUGUCCAAUAAGCAUUGUAUGGUGUGCCGUAAGAAACAGAUUUUAUAUACAGUGCAUUAGAAAUGGCAGUUGCAGGCAGAAGACAAGGGCUAACAAAAAAGAAAAAGGGCAAUAAUUUAUUUGUAACUAGACGAAUGCUCUUACGAAGCUUCUUGCAAAUUUUUGAUAAAUAUCAGAAUCACUAUAGUGAAAUAAGACAUCCGAAAAAGAUUACAUAUUACGAUUGGAAGCAAUGGUCGACAACUUAUCAAAACGAAUGGAAACGAUUGAGGCGUGAAUCGUUUUAUCAUUGGCCAUGCAAACCGAGGCACUUGCAAAACUUUGUGUUAUAAAAUUAUGUUAACGCGAUACAUUUCUUUUUACACAUAUUUUUUAUACGUAUUUAUAUCGUAAAUAAAUAUAAACUCCAUUACUAUUGAUGUUAAAGGUGAAAAAGCAUAAUGUAUUAUAACUUAAUAUAAUUCUAUAACAAUAUUUACAU